AUGCAAUGUACAUCUCACGGAACGACUUUGAAUGCCAGUGGUGCAAUAGCAGGAAGCACCGAGUUCAGGGCAUCAGGACUUUGUCGCACAGGACACCAAGCAGCGACGGACCAUACAUCGAGCAAUUACAGUGCCGCAGCAGCUUUGGCAGCAGGGAUUUGUGUGAUAUCCGGGUGUAUGGCGGAGCAGACUUCGACGGCUUGUGCCUCUACGAAAGGACCCCCCGACGACGACCCGUUUGAGAAAGCCAAGAAAAAAGUACAGGAGGUAUCGAACAUUGCAAUUGCACAGCUUGGGGCACUGGUUCCAGAUGAGUGGGACCACUUGAAAAAGCGCGUGAAUGAGGUCUCGGCUUCUGGAAAAGCUGGCCAAGUCUCAUGGGGCUGUUGUACGGGCCUGUGUGCCGGGUUCGCACUGAAAAAGGCGUCCAAAGUAGGCGCAGUGGCCAUUGGCGCGCUCCUUGGUUUAUUGUAUGGUGCGUGCUCUUUGGGGUACGUGAACGUGGACGCGGAGAAGCUCGGACGAGACUUUCGACGGUAUCUGGACAUCCAUCAGGGCGGCGGAGUUGAUACGAAGGACGUGGACGCCAUGUACAAGUCAGUCAUGAAGGUGCUGCACUCGAACUUGCCAGCUGGUAGCAGCUUUGCUGUGGGCUUCGUACUAGGCUUUCGCUCAGGAUAA